AUGGCGCAGAAGCUCGCAGCAUUGCUUGCGUUGCAGGUGCUGACCGCCUCGGCUGCCGUGACUUCCUUGACGUUCGGACAGGACAUCGACUACCCACCCUAUGCUUCCAAAAACGCGACCUCAGGUGAGCUCACAGGCUUCGGCGUGGAAUUGGUGAAGGCAAUGAACGCUCACUGCUCAGCUACUUUGAACAUUACCGUCGUGGAGACCAGGUGGUCCAACUGCUGGUCUUCGGCCGGAGGAGGCACUCUCGGAGCUUUGCUGGAAGAUGGCACCCUGGAUGCCUGCAUGACCUACACGCACACGCAGGGGAUUCGCAACACCUUCGCGGACUUCUCUGUGGGCAUCCUGGAUGUGAACAAGGCAGCUGGCCUCUUAACCUUGCUCGAAAACGGCAUGCCCAAAGUGGAUGGCCACUCGGACCUCAACGGCAAGACCGUCGUGGAUGUCGGUGGCUGGGCCCCUACGGCAGAUGGCUUGGACUUCGUGACGAACAAGUGCACCAACCAGAAGUACUCGAGCAACUACACGUUGGUUGUGGGCAAUGGCAACGACGAAGCGAUGACGAUGCUGCGUAACGGCACAGCCGACGCCAUGUUCGUGUAUGCUGACCAAGCCAAGAACUACCAGUGUGAUGGAAGCGUGGUUGCGGCAUGGGAUUGCGCGCUGUGGCAAGGCUUCGGCACGGAUUAUGCCUACGUCCAGACAGGGCAGUUCGGCUACGUCGUCAAUGGCACCACCCUGGCGCUGUCCAAGAAAGGGAGUGGAGUGCCGGAAGCGAUCAACUCCUGCUUGGCAGAAGUCAUGGCAACAGAGGCAUAUUACGAUGCUUGUGUGAAGUACGACUUGGUAGAUUCCUGCUACACGAACAGCUUCUUCCCCAGCUCAGGGAUCGUAAUCCACGAGUACAACAAGGAGACCGACGAGCAUUCGGGCGACUGCUCCAGUGGUUAUUGCCCGUGCCCUGCGACUACGACUCAAACGGUUCAAACUUCGCUUGCGACGGGCUCAAGCAUCAAAGUGUUGAUGGGUGCGGCACUCUCCUUUUCAGCUGCUCUGCUUCUGUAG